AUGGCAGUUGACCCUAUUUCACCGAUCGCGCCGGCGCGCUUACGCACUCUAUUGCUUCCCAUAGGGAGGAUCAGACGAUCUCGGUUCUUGGAACUUGUCAAACGGCUUCAGGCCCAGAACGUGGUUCGGUUGGGAGACGUGAGUCCCGUCGGCUGCCCUAAUAGAAAUACCUUCUCUCCGCUCGCUUUCCCUUCUGGCAUGAUCAUCUUUGACCUAUCGAUUUCGGUACCCCCGACCUCCCAUCUCGACCUCUUUCCUUUCGAGCUUUUUCGAGAACCCCUCGCCAUUUUAGCAAUUGCCGAUGGGAAGGAGCUCGCUGUGUCGCAAGAGGGUAAUGGAUCGUUAUUGGAGGCACAGGUCAAUGGAGCUUCAAGGCCCCAGCAUCCCUCUCCUCCCGGAUUAGAUCAUCUUGUCGCAGAGUUGGCUGAAUUGAAAGGCAGUUACCCCAGGUCACUUGUCCAGCAACUACUAAUAUUCGACCAUGAGGGUGUCAAUAACCUUGUGCCCGGGCCCGAAAAUGUGAUAUGGGUGCCUUCUCCGGUAGCAUCCCGAACGACUACGAUAAAAACCCUAAUGUGCGAUGUAUCUUCGCUAUUACUUAAAGAGCUAGGCCAGCUCGCGGAGUCGAUGCAAGAAUGGCCCAGCAUCGAAUCUCCAAAAGCAUCAUCGUGGGGCCCGCGUCGGACUGUUGACUCCCGUCCCGCUGAUAAACUUAGACACCGCAUGACCAUGCCCGCACAGUUACCGUCACAGCCCACCGCGCCGACUAGUCAUCAUUCAGACACCGAACUCACUGCUCACGUACACGACUCGCCAACCACCUUCGAAGAAAUUACACGGUCAAUCCAGCUUGCUAAUCGAACAACAGCCGCUUUAAAAUUCAACUCCAAGCCUGGAUCUAAGGAGCAUAGCCGUGAGCGAAUGUCUAUGCAAGGGCUUGCGAAUCUCAAUGAGCGGUCAAAGACUCGGUUUCACGCUCGUUUGAAAGUUGUGGUCGGGUUUCUACACCUUCAAGCAGGUAUAUGGCCUGAGGCUUUGAAAGAACUUGUUGAAGGUGCGACUGCUGCAAGGACCGGAAGCGAUUACAUCUGGCAUGCAAAGGCGUUGGAGGGAAUUUUGAUUUGUUUGCUAUUGCAUGGUUGGAUUGGCAUGGAUUUCCAGAUACCCCAAAUUUGUUUCCCGUCUACCGACAAAUCUGUAUCAAAACUUCUCCCAGCAGCAGGUCAACCGGACUCUGGAACAACUUCAGAAUCUAAGGAGGCUUGUUUGAAAAACUUGGCGAUUAUUCUGACAGACAUUUCAAAUUAUAUUCUGAAUCUCUAUAACCGAGCAUCCAAUAUCACCGAUGAACCACUACCUCAAUUUAUUUAUUCUGAAACUACGAUACGACUCGCAAAACUCUUAACGACCGCUUAUGUUCGAGAUGGAUUACUUGAUAAUAAUGGCUUGAAGCAUAUUGUAAUGAAUCUCCCUUUGGAACCUAUCCGCAUUUCAGACCGCCCACGGGGAAACAUGAUGUUCCGCAGGACCGAGAUAGCGUCCUUCUUAUUUCAGGCUUUACCUCCGUCUCCUGGUACUGAAAUCCCUGUCACAGAUUCUGUCCAGAUAUACGUUGGUAUGGCCGCUGUCUUAUCAGGAUUGGGAUUGGAAAGGAAACGUGGUUUUGUUUUAAGGGAGCUUCUAACGACCACGAUAACUGGACUCGUUCAGGCACGCAAGCUCGGAGCUGCUGAAAUGGGCAUACAUCCGGCUGCUGGCCUAUCUGCACUCAACAAUGAAGCCUUUGACUUAAAUGCCUUAGAUGCCGGCUCAGGCAACACUGAGGAUAGCAUGAGAAGUGUAUUGACAUUGGUCACUUCAACGUAUGGUGCAGCGUCGGCUAUAAAUCACAAGGACGACAGGCCUAGUUCGGGUAACACUGAAGAACAGUCAAAGUAUGACUUUGUCGACUCGAUCAUUGAAAGGGCCAAAAGCGACAGUACUUUAGCGUCCUAUGGGGAUAUUGCGCUGAAGGUUGAUAUCUUUAAGGCUUGUAUUGAUUUUUGCGAGGCUCUUCCAGAUUUUCGAGGUGUUCUCCAAUUCACUGUUGGAUUGCUUCGAACUAUCAAAGGGAGCGUUAUGCUCACGCCAACCAAUGACAACACUCUACCGUUUUUGGCACCCGAAGAGCAGGUACGAUUCUACAACAAUGUCAAACGCACUGUUGGAGCCGCGAAUCGACUUGGACAUCCCAACAUGGAGGCUGAAUAUUGGGAUGAUUUUAUGGUACGGAAUGUUGAGAUUCAUGGCACUGCGGAUGUUAAGCAGCCCAUGCAACGAUCGAGAAAGGAAUUCGGAAUAUCAACUGUCAGCGAAGAGCGUGGCAAUAAAAGCCCAUUCAUAUAUAGUGCGUUUUCGAAGGCUGCGAUCCGCCGUUCAGAGUCCUUAGUGAUCGCUGGCGAGCAAAGCGCGGUCAAAGUUGUGCUUCAAAAUCCAUACGAAUUCACCGUUGAAGUUGAAAGCCUUAUAUUAGAAGGGCGGGGAGUUGAAUUCGAAGCUCAACUGCACGGGUUUUGGCUCCGGCCGUUUUCUCUAGAAGAAAAGAUUGUCCCACUGCGUGCGAUGUCUGAAGGAACCUUAGAAAUCACGGGCUGCGUCGCCAAAAUCAAAUUUUGCCGACGACGUUACUUUCCGAUAUUCAAAAAAUUCUGGAAACCCGGGUACAAGCCCAAACUCAAGCGAACCGGAUUGGCGGCUAAGGAUCUCGCAUCUGAAAGGCCUUUAUCUUGGGGUUCAAAUCAGUCUGGCGUUGCGAGCGUUCCCGUCGAAACAGGUCCCGAACCGGAUCGCGUGGCUAUCAAUGUGGUAAAGGCACAACCGCUUGUAGAGAUUGAAUCUUCAUCUCUCCUACAAAACGCUAUUAUGGUCUUAGAAGGGCAGACUACUACCUUUGAUAUCACACUGCGCAAUUUGACCUCAUGCCCAGUUGACCUGAUAUUUUUCACCUUUCAGGACUCUACGAUUAGGCGGCUUCAGACAGCUAUAAGCAACAAAGACAACCUCCCAGCAGAUGUCUAUGAACUAGAAUAUCAACUUACUGAAGUUCCCGCACUACGAUGGAAGGUACCUGGAAAUCAAGAUGAAAGGCCAACGAUUGGCCCGAACGAAACUUCAUCGUUUACUAUAGAAGUAUUUGGUAAAACUGGGCUAACUGAAGCUGAGGUUCAAAUUGAUUAUGGAUUUGCUGGCAUUUCUUCAUCUGGAAUCCCGGAGACAUUCUACACAAGACAACUCAAUUUCCCGCUAACAGUCACUGUUAAUCCCAGUAUCGAACUUGUUUGCUGCGAUAUUCUCCCCUUGAGCCCUGAUUUCGCAUGGACAAACAAACAAGGUGGCAAAGUUGCUGGCCCUGGUGAUAAAAGGACACAAAGCACCCGGAACACCUCGAAAAGUGAACAUCAAUUUUCAACACUGCUGUCUCGGGUUGGCAUGGAGCCCUAUGGAUCGGACCAUUGUCUGCUCUUGCUAGACCUGCGAAACUCCUGGUCAAAACCACUUAUCACUUCUGUCUUAGUCGCUGAGAAUAUUGAUAAGGACAGUCGCGAAUCAGCUAUACACGAAAUCACGGACACCCUUCAACCUGACCGUACUACUCGUAUGGUUACACUCAUCCCACGCUUGUUCCUAAGUCAUCCCCACAAACCUAUCCCGAGUUUAGGGGCUGCAAGCAAGCGACAAUUUGUUGUGAGUGCGCGCCAAGUGUCUUACGAGACUGAGGUAGCAGGAAGAGAAGCCUUUUGGUUUCGGGAAGAGGUGCUAAAACGACUUCGCGGUACAUGGAAAGACGAGGUUACCGGUCAUGAGGGGAUUAUAGGUUUACGUGGAGUUACACUAACCAGCACAAUGGUUGACUCUCUCCGCAUGGACGACAUUGAAAUAACUUUUUCAAUACACCCCUUGCGCGACGAGGCCAAACCCGCCUCUCUUACUUCUACGCCCACAUUGCAAACGGGGUAUUCCACGUUCACGAUACCAACAAACUCAUUUUUAACAUUAUGCGUUACUCUGUUUAAUCGUUCCCUAAAGCCCGUCCAUCCCCUUCUUCGACUUGUCCCCAGUCUCCGCCACCAACCAAGCACCGUUGCCUUAGAACUAUCGAAGCGGCUAUCCUGGACUGGCAUGCUACAGCGCGGGCUGCCAAUUCUAGAACCCGGGCAAACCGUCGAGGCUCGACUAGGUAUAACGGCACUCUGUCGAGGAGAAUAUGAGAUCGGAGCUCUUGUUGAAGAGGUCCGGCGACUAAAGCCGCAGUCCGCUUCAACGGUAGCUACCAAGGACGGAGACGUUGGUGACAAUGCGAAUAAUCGCUCUGGCACUGAGCAUUCCACCGGUGAAUAUGACAUGUUACUCGAGAAUCUUGUGGCCAAUGGGCAAAAUCAAAGGCGUAUAUGGCAUGCCAGAGCGCCCUGUUUUCUGUCCGCUCGGGACUAA